AUGGCGCCCGCAGGUAGCUCCUCGAACGCGCCCUCCGAGCGGCCAUACCAUGGGCAGGGCGGCGGCGGCAGGGGAGGCGCCGUCGUGGCGGCCAAGGUGCCCGGCACCCCAUCGAGGAAGGAGACGAGCAGCAGCAGCGGCGGCGGCGGCGGCCACACCCACGCCCGGGAGAGGGCGGUGCAGGACCCGGGGCUGAAGGACUUCCGGUUGGGCGACUGCAUUGGCAAGGGAGCGUUCGGGUCGGUCUACAAGGCGUUCAAUUGGGGCACCGGAGAGGCUGUGGCCGUCAAGCAGAUCAAGCUGGUAGAUCUGCCGAAGAGCGAGCUGCGGAUGAUCGAGGUACAUAUUCCAGGGCGGAGGUGGUGA